AUGAGUUUAGAAACACCUGAUCUCUAUAGACUUUUAUCACUACGUCCCGAUGCAACGCCACAACAAAUUCGAGAUGCAUAUAAGAAGCUAGCUCUCCAAUGGCAUCCGGACAAAAAUCAAAAUAAUCCGCAUGCUGAGCAUAUGUUCAAAGCAAUUAACAAAGCCUAUCAAACAUUAUCAAAUUCAACAAGUAAACAGGAGUAUGAUGACAGGCAUGAUGAUGAUGAUGAUAAUGAGGAUCAUGACAUCAUUAUUGAUCUCAACAACCUUCGUUUGCAUAUGGGCAAGCGAUUAUCGGAAAAGUAUGAAGAAGAUAUUUUACGUUGGAUGGCUGAAUAUUCGAAUAUUUCUUUUAAUGAUAAUUUCGAUCGUGAACUUGUCUCUAUCAUUAAUAAUGUUCGAUCGACAUUCAAAGAAAGUGAGGAUAGUAAAGUAACAUCACUAAAAAAAUGUACCCUUUGUUUGCAAACAUAUGAUGACGAACAAAACCAUUUACUAGAAGCACGACAACCAUUUUUGGCUUUUAUUGAACGAGAUAAUCAUCAAGAUCUUAAUGCACAAUUAGCUUUGGCUCUGCACGAAGAAUGGAAUUGGCAAGCAACUUGUUUACCAUCAACAUCUGUUUAUAAACAACUCUGGUUCAGCAAUACUUGGAAGGAUGUAUCCAAUAUGAUAUGUCAGUUUCAAUCUUGCAUUAGCUUAUUGUGUAAUAGAAUGAAUUUAAUCACUAUUAAUUAUAUUCAAUUAUAUCGUAAUAAUCCUUACUUAGAAACCAUUGUGAAAACAACAACAGUAAAUUUUCUACCUAAUGCCGCUCAUUUGAAGGAAGCGAUUGAAUAUGAGAAUCGUUCUCGAUCGGAUUUUCGUUCAUCAGAUUGGAAAAAUGAUCUCACACGACGAAAUACAAGCAGACAACAAUGUAUUGUGACCAAUGUUGACACAACAACAUCUAUCCUUGCACAUCUCUGCUACGAUAAACUGCCCGAUGAACAAAUUGCGAUGUUGCUUGCUCUACUUCAUUGUUAUAAUGAUUCUCAAGCAAAUGAUUUCUUUUUGGAAGCAAGCAAAGUAUUUUACAAAUCGAAUCGAUUUCAACUUGUUCUUCAAUGUUACUAUUAUCGUUGUCAUCAAAUGAAUGAAAUCGAUUGGUUUUCUUUUGCUGAAGACAUGUGUCGAAGAUCGGCAUAUUCACUAGUAUUAACUUGUUUUUAUGUUAUUUACAAACUGUAUAAAUCGGACAAACAGUUUUGGAUUCAAAAAGGAGAUUUUUACAGCAAGAAACAAGAAAUAUCUUCUUCGUUGCAAGAAGGCAUUUUAGCUUUAUUUGCUUACAAGCAAGCACAAUUGAGCAGUGGAACUAUUCUUCAAAAGUGUAUCUCAAUUCGUCAUCCACUUUCUCAACUUUUACUUAUUUUAUAUGCAAAACCGAACACUAAACAAGCCGAAAGUAUGCUAUCAAUACCUGAUUUACGUUCAUUUGCCAUUUUCUAUCUUCAUCUUGCUAAUCUCUUAAUCGAUCAAUGGAUGUUUAUUCUUAAUCAAUUAUAUUUGACAUCAGCAUUUGAAACAUUGACAUUUGUAUUAUGUACAAUCGACAAGACACUUGUUUCUGCAUUUGCUAAGCGGCAACAGUCAAGUACAGUUGUUCAGUGUUUGUCAUCGGUGGUACUCAAUAACAAUUCAAUGGAUAUUGAUGAAUGGCUGAAUUUUAUUUGGUCCGAUCUCAGCAAAACUGAUCAAAUUAUUACAGCUCUUUCAUUUCUACAUGUCUAUUGUCGAGUGAGUUCCUGGGCCGCGCUAAGUGAAACGUAUGCAAGCCAAAAAUGUUAUGACAAAGCUAUAAUUUGUCAUAAAAUGGAUGUUGCUCUUUCACUUGAUGACCCACGCGAAGAUCCUACUUGUGGACUUCAUGUAUUAUCUGCCUAUGAAAAUAUAUCAAAAGACCUUGCCAUUCUAAUUCAACAAUAUCAUUUGAAAUUUACACCCGAUGAAAUUCGUGCACUGACUUAUGUUUCAAUCGUUCAAUUAGCUACUCGACUUCGCUAUAUUGUCGAUUCAUCAACUGUACGUCAAGUGUUUAAUACAUGUAUCACAGGGCAGAAAAUUGAUAAUUUAUCUGCACCCUAUCGUGCAAUGUUGUAUCUGAUGGAAGGAACAAUUGACAAGCUAGAAAAUCGACAUAUCGAAGCUAUAAAUAAACUGCAAAAAGUAAUGACAUGUUGCCCCAAUGAUGAAACAAUCGAAGCAUUAGCAAUUAUGAUGAAUGAUUCGUAUUUUCAACGAUGUCUUCGUCGUAUUCUCAUUCUUGAUAUUAACAAUAUUAUCAAUAGUGAUGGUCCACUUUCUGCUCAAAUUCAACCACGACCACAAACAUUUGCCUUUGAGCAUCGUUUGAAAUCUACUCCUUAUCUUAAUCUUGUUCGUAAGAAUGAACGAGCCUUUUCAAAAAAAUUCAAUCAAGAUAAAUAUAAAUGUGCCAUGGCAUACAUUGAUUUAUGUAUGGCUAUUCAAGAUGCAACAUGUCUUGUAUCAAAUAUGAUUUUAGCUGGUAUUCGUUUUUAUGAAAUUCUUGAAACUGCCAAUGAUCCAGCAAGUAUAUAUGCAUAUCGUAAUUUAAUUACAGAAAUAUGCAUUCAAGCACAUAUGAUUGCACGACAUUAUCUUGUACCACACAUACAGAUUUAUAUCAAUAAACUUGUUCUAACUCUUUUGAUGCAAACUACAAAACGAUUCCGUCAAUCAUUGCCACAUCGAUCAUCACAAGUAAAAAAUCAAAAAACGGACCUAGUUAUUAGUCAAUCGAUGAGCAUAAUUUUGGCCGAAUCAAUGAAACGUAUCGUCAAUUUAACGAAAAUAUUUCCGUUUGUUAAUCUACCAACUUCACUCAGUUAUGAUGUUAUCUAUCUCGAAGUAGUUGGAAGAGAAUUUCUCGAGAAAUAUCUCGACAUCAGAUUGAUUAGUGAUCCAUCUCAUUUGCAUCGAUACUAUCAAUUUGAAGGUAUUUGGCGAGGUUGGAUUUUGAGCCAAGAUUUUAAUAGUAUCCGUGAAUUGUCCAUGUCAACUUUGCUUGCAACUCGAAAAUGGGAUAUGUUCGAUGUUCAAAAUUUACUUUCUAAUCCACUUAUUCCACGUACAAAUGAUGGAUGGUUAACAGAUAAACGACAACCAUUAGGAAUUUCAGGAAAUCAAUAUUUUACUAACGUUGACGGUAUCUCAUUCAAUAUUGACACAGGAGAAAUUAAAUUAUUUCUCGUACCAACUAAAAAUAAGAUCGAUGCUUUAUUUAGUGAUAAUGAUCUCAAUGAAGUAUUUAGUAAAGGUAUUACACAAGCAAUUUUUACACUUGAUCAACCUGAUAGUAAACUACUUUCACAUCCAUUUCAAGAAAUGAAAUAUGGACCAUCAUCAUCACUUGUUCAUACACAAUAUUUAGCUACAUUAUUACAUGCUGAUUAUUUACUGAAGAUGAUCACUACGGGUACGGAAGUAUGUGCUAUAGCACCAUUUCCAAUGGAAAAAGAAAGCAACGUUUUGCGACGUUUACCUAGACAUUUGCAAGAAUUACUCAAACCUUUACAUCAACGUGAAAAGACGAAAAAUCUUUGGGGUAAUGCACAUCGUUUCUGGAUUGAAGCAGGUAAUUUAAUAUAUGAAAGACAAGUAAAUAAUGCUCAAAGUGAAAUCAUUUAUCGUCUUGGUGAUGUAAAAAUGUUUGUAAAGAAACAUCUACUUGAAUAUGAUGAACAGGGCAAUUUGAUCGAUGAUACUAUCCGAAAUAAUACUAAUUUAGAUCAAUCACCAGAAGGAUUAUUUGCUAAAGCUUUUACAGAUCAUUACAAUGAAAUUGGUUCGUAUUUUCCUGAAUUAUUAAGAUUAAAAGAACUUUUGAAACUUGGCGCACUACUUGCUAUUCUUCAAAAUCAUUAUGAAAAUCUUACUGAAAUGAUGACUAAUGAACAAUCAUCAGUUGAAGAAAUGUUGACAUCAGUCAAAUCACAAAUUCGCGAAUAUCCACAAGCAACAACAUAUAAUGUCAAUUAUCAUUAUUCAAAUAUAUUGAGAGAGAAUAAUGUCUCCAGUACAGAUGUACCAUCACAUAUGAUAACCGAAUUGAAAGAUAAAAUUCUUUCUCAAUUACGUGAUGCUGACGAGAAUUGCGUGAAUCAAAUUGCAAUUCAGAUUUGUCAUGUACAUAAGUCGAAUAAUAUCAAUCAUGUUAAAUCACUCGUGGAUAAUUGGCUCAGAUAUAAUUCAGACCAGGCACUAGUGAAUUUUAUUGUCAAUGCUAAAAGAAACCAUCGACGUAUGCUGAUAAAGAAUAUUGAAAAUGUGUGCUGUUGGGUGCCGGCUGUCUUUUUCAAUAUGAAAAAUAAUCCUAUCCGCGUAUAUGGUGGUGUAUCACUUCAGUUAAAUUUGACUCAAGGACGAGUACCACCAUCUCCGCCUGCUGUAUCAUAUAAUGCUUCACAAAUAAUCAGUUCCGGUGGAUCAUCAGGACGAACACCACCAAGUGGAUGUGGUGGCAAUGAUGGUGGCAGAGGCAACGAUAAUAAAUCAAUUAUUAUUGAAUUGAAGGCCAGUUCUGAGCGUCAAAAGGAUGGUAAACAAAUCUAUGAACGAAAUGGUGGCUUUCGACAAGCACAAGCUGAUUUUGAUCGUCUUUCUGGUCUCGUACGCGAAGAGAGGCAUCCUCGGGGAGAAACAAUCUGGAUCAAAGAUUUGGGUGAUAAUCAAAGUGCUAUCUUACGUUCAAUUAGCACAGAUUCUCGUGUAACACUUGAAAUUCAAGGACAAAAUCAGAAAAAACAAAUGGUAGCGAAAUGUAAAUUUCGAUACAAUAAUUCGUCAUAG